CCCGAAGAUAAACAUCAGGACUAAAAAACAGCACCAAGCGAACCUCCAAGUUCUCAAAGCACGUUGACCGUCACCGUCUUUACCCUGCCUCGCAGUCAAAUCAGUCGGUUGCUUGUAUCGUUUCCGGCCGCGGGGCAUAGGUUACACGUGCUUAAUCACUCUAAUCCGAAGACAAUGGCGCUUGUCAGACUGCCACUUGAGCUGCUGUCGGAAAUAUGCAGCUAUCUAUGCCCUCACUGUCUGCGGACGCCAGAAGACGAGCUCGAAACGCUUGACUUCGACCUCGAUCCUUGGGGCUUCAAGUAUGAGCCACUAUUGUCCGAUCGGAAGCGGAUAAAACAGCAAAACCUUCUCAGCCUGAGCCAAGUGUGCAAGGUUCUCCACGCGGCAGCUGAGCCUUUCCUGUACCACUACAUCCCUGGUAAUCGGUACAAAGAUCUCCAGCUCGUCCGUCGGACCCUCAAAGAACGGCCUGACCUGCAGUUGAGGGUGUCGGAACUCGAGACGGCCGUCAACGGCAGGAUCGAACAAAUGCCUGAUCCAGCGAGUCCGGAGGGGUUGCCAUUUGGCUACCCCGGCGAUCCAUCUCCGACGAAGCUCAGCCUGUACUGGAAGGAGGUGAUGAUGUUGCUGAAGUUCGUGCCGAAACUGCAGAGGUUCCACUUCUGCAUGCCGAAGCCUAAUCCUUCGACCUUCGGCCUCCCGGAAAUACGAACAUGGCCAACCCCCCCGCUGACGUCGCUCAGAGAGCUGGCCAUCAGCACCUUAGAGCAUCAUUGUGGCUUCCAGCACGGAUUCCAACUUGAACGAGCCGGUUGCAUCUUGUCGGCGGCUCCAAACCUUGAGAUCCUGCAGUGCUCGAGGUGCAUCGGCGUUAGCGAGAACUUCCGCGAGUACUAUCUGACACAACCAGUUCCGUUGCAACACCUCACCGAAUUGAUCCUGGUAGACUCGCGGUUGACGCCUGCUUCGUUUCGAAAUCUGCUCAGCGCGGUAGGACCGGGACUAUCCAAGGUCAGGAUCCAGCAAUCACGCAGAGUCUUGUGGAAGUCUGAUUGGGAGGGAGUGCCCCCUGAGGAUAACGAGAUUAAGCUUGAUGGGGUUGCUGCCGCCCUCCAACCCUGGCGCCACUCGCUCAAGGAGCUAACAUUCUCCAUGGAGGGCGGCGAGUUCCCGGAAAACUUCGAUGACACCCAAGAAGCGACUCUCUUGCGGGAGCUCGGCGCGCUUGAAGUUCUACGGACCCAGGUGGCCUUGUUCGACUGGGAUGGAGACCCAGAUGGGAAUGUCCUUGUGAGAACGCUUCCCCAGUCCUUGCGACACUUGGAGCUCCGCGGAUAUGCAGACUUCGCUUGCGGGCUACUGAUGUUAUAUGAUGCCAUCACGGAACGCGGCCACUUUCGGCACCUUCAGCGAAUCGAUAUCGACGAUCAGAAAUAUGACAGGUCUACCCCAUUCGGGCAAGCCUAUGCAACGGAGCUUGACGAGAACUGCGCCACUCUAGCGUCUGCGGGAGUAGAAGUUGUCAAGUAUCCAGCGGAGGAAUGGUCCGAUCCUGGUUCUAAUCGCGCGCGGAGCCUAGUGUCGGAUUGAAAAUGCUUUAUACAGAUCAUACCCAGUAUGAAGGUUCAUGGAGGGAACACGUUGGGGGCUAUGUGACCUUAUCAUUGGAGCAGGCGCUCUAAAUGCUGGAAUUUGUGAGAUGGUGUGCUAUAUACUACUAGCCGCCUAAAACCAGGCACUACUAACCACAUCGUGCACUCCUCGUUGGGUAAACCUGCGCCAGAUCGACGUAAUGAAUGGGUGACCGAUGCGAUCAAUGCUCAGCCUGCUCUCUCCUUAUUCUCCGUCGUGCGUCCCGUUUUCCAUCCAUUCCCGCACAUUGCCAUCAGGGCCUGACAGGAGCGUGUGUCAACGCCUACCCCCAUGCAAGGGUCACGG